AAAAUUCACUUUUCCCAAAGAUGCUGCUUUUUUUAUUCCCUAAAAUCCAAGAAAAAAGUGGGGUCCGCAGCCCUCUUGCCUUCUAAAUCCGCCUGUAUUGCUAUAUUAGAGAUAACGAAUUUCUUCACCGUUCGAAAUUGCAGUUGUAACUAAUUUGUGGUCCUCCUGUUAAAACUAGUGGGAUUCCAAUCAUGGGCCGAACAAUGCCAGGAUCGACCACAUGGCAGGAGGGGGCCGAACAGGCGCAUGGUCUGCCAGGACAAACGAUAAAGGACAGUGGAUUCAAGUGAAUCUUGGUAAAAUUAUGGAAGUAACCAAAGUAGGCAUGCAGGGCAGGCAGGAUUAUGCGCAGUGGGUAACGAAAUACAGGGUGUCUUACAGCAUGGACGGUCAACACUUUACCACCCAAAAUCAGGUAAGUAACAAGCUCCCUCUUUUAAAAUUUACUAUCACAUACAACGGCAGCAAGGAUCAAAAUACCGUUGUCAUUAAUGAUUUGAUCCAGCCAAUCCACGCCCAGUACGUUCGAAUUCUUCCCCAAGAAUGGCAUGCACACAUUUCAAUGAGAAUGGAGUUGUAUGGUUGUGAAUCAAGUAAGUUGUAAUGUUACCCAUGACUUUUCCUCAUAAAGACAGUCGUAUCACUUACCACACCAUGUGACACUUUGUUGCGAUAUUCUUUUAACUAAGUUCCAUGCAGAAUACUAUCCUCACAUAAGACUGUCUCAGUAAAAAUUAA